AUGAUGGAAGAUAUAAUUGAACAAAAUGAAUGUGAAGAGAUUGACAAAAAUUAUACAGGUGUCGCUACGGUUAAAUAUAAAAAUGGAGAUAAAUUUGUUGGAUCAUUUUAUAAUGGAGAAAGAACAAAUGGAAAAUAUUUUUAUUCAAAAAAUCGAACAUAUAAAGGGUCAUAUUUGAUGGGUAUGAAAGAAGGUUUUGGAAAACUUAUAAAAAGUUCAAAUGAUUUUUAUUAUGGAAAUUUUGAAAAAGGGAAAAAAAGCGGGUUUGGGUUUCAGAAAUACCCUAAUGGUGAUUUUUAUUAUGGAGAAUGGAAAAAUAAUAAAAAGCACGGGAAAGGAAUAUACUAUUUUUCAAGCUCCAAAGAAUAUUAUUCAGGUGAAUGGUGUAAAGGUAAUUUUAUUAGCGGGGCUUGGCAUAUUUCCGGAAAUAUAAAAUAUGUAGGAACUUUUUUCAAAAGUAAACCAAAAUAUAAUGGAGACUUUUUUUUUUCAAAUGAAUCUAAAAUAUCUGUUUUUUAUGAGCAAUUAUUUAAUCUCUCUAAAGAGGAUGCAGAUAAUGAAAAUAAUGUGGAUUUAUUUUGGAAAUAUCAAUAA